AUUCGGUUGAAAUUUGAGUUUCAAGAUGCGAUUGUUAAGUUUGACUCAACUUAAUGAAAGUAUCUUCGAAUCAUGACAGUUUAUUUUCAAUUUGACAUUUAUCGUUAUUAUUUUUGGUCCAUUAUUAUUAUUUUGAAUUUCUACCGAACAUUAUGAUGUUCUGUUGAUGUACUAAUAUAUUAAAAAAAUGAAUCAGCUCCGAGGAAGGUAUGUGAACGUUGUCUUGACAAUAGAAGAAGGUAGAGGUAUGGGUUUCAUAAAAAAUUCACUCUUCGUAUCUGCGAAUUUCAAUGGACGCAUUCUCGAGUCUGAUUGCGUAGAACCUAGCGAUAAUCCAUCUUUCAACACUGAGCUGGUUUGGGAGAUAGAGAAGAAAGAUCUCAGAAAGAUCCGCAGCACCAACCAACCUUUACGGAUAGAGUGCCUCAGUCUGAACCCUCAAAAACGCAAGGAACGUGUAGGUUUCGCACUUCUCAGCCUACGAAGCGCCAAAGUAGUGACAUCGCAGGAAAAUCUACCGCUGAUAUGGCAGAAAUUCAUAGGUGUACACGAUAAAAAGUGUUGCCAACCUGAGCUCUCGAUUUCCCUCUCUAUCCAAGAGCACGUCAUGCAAAGGCCCAAUUUCAGCACAGAAGAAAUAGUUUCGGUGAUGCCUUACAUCUCAGAAGAAGAAAGUGAAGGCUCUAGCGAAUUGUCGAGUAACGUCUCCACUGAGAAUCCCAGCACCCCAGUGAAAUACCUGGAAGAUGGUUUCAUCAAGGUCGGCCGUCCGGCCACCGACAGAUUCUCCUUGAACCUAUUGGUCCGCGCUUCGGCCAACCUGGACCUCCUACUGCCGGAAAUUCUGGUUUUCGGGAAGACCAAGCAGAAAUUCUACAUCUGCUUCAAGAUAUUCGGCAUCGUGAUCAAGACCAAACCGUUCGAGAAGACCCUGAACGACGUCAUCGACAUGAACGAGAAGAUUGUGGUCCGACUCUUAUCGAACAAGACGACCCUAUUGGAUUUUCUCAAGACCCAGAAGAUAAUCAUCAGCUUCUGUUGCGGCAACGAAAAGCUCGGCAUCACCAACGUCGAACUGGAUAAACUGAUGCUGUCCGACGACGCUGAUGAGGUUUUGGAGUGCGAGGAACUCUGCUACUUCAAGUUUCCGUCACAGAAUGGCAUCGUACCCUGCAACGGUAGCUCUAGACCUUACAUAGAAGUUCAGUCGAGUUUGACGAUGGAUACCAAGGAUUCCAGCAAGCCGUCUGGGGACGACAUCCACGUGAAACCCAAGGAUCAGGACAAGAAGAUAUCCACCAUAGGGAAGGCUUGUGGAGAUCAGAUUCUAGAAUCUUCACCAAGAAGAAGACCAAAGACUGAGUCAACGCCAAAGUCUACACCACUAGGGGAAACCACAGAAUCCCCAGUAAAAAACGCCCAGAGCUCCCCAGACGUCCAAAUUCGUACCUUAAAACAGCCAAAACCUCCGAAACCCUGCCACAGCGACGUGCCGUACAAGAAGUAUAGCCUGGAGCUAGCCCUGAAAGACUUAUCAGUUCACAUGGAGCAGAAGGUGGAAUACGGUUUGAAAAUAACCCAUCCCAAGGCUUCGAGCUACCUUCGAAACCCCAAACCCGCCAACGAGGCUUGCAACAAGUGCAGGAUAUUUUAUGUGGCGACCGAGGAAAAACUGGGGGAGCUUCUGAACGCUUGGCGACCGAGGGUUAGUUUGAUAGACGUAGAAGAAAAUAAUUUGACGGAAGAACACCACGUCAACACGGGGAUGUUUUGGCAGAAGAAGAAAGGGUCGCUGUUUGGUGAGGAAGAUUUGCUCUUGUUCACUUAUCAGGCGGAGUUGAGAAGCGACGCAAAAAUUGGAAUCACCGCAAAGUUCGACGUUGUGAUGACUCUUACCGAAGAAGACCUGGAGAUAGAGACCUAUAAGAACCCCCUAGACCUCGUGCCACCCGUUAUAGACGAAGAGAUAACCAUCAAAGAGAUUGUGGAGCUCGAAAAAUGGAAGAAGACGGAAAAAGACGCCUUCGCUGAUAAGAUUCAGGAGAUGGAGAAGGAAGAAAAGGAUAAACUGCAGAAGGAACUGACCGAGAGGAAGGCAAAAGCGGAGGAGGCCAUGAAACAGCAGAUGGAAAAGUGCAAGGAGCUCCAGAAGGCGCUGCAACAGAAAUGCGAUAGCUUGAAGACUGAAAAACUGAUGAAGAAGAAGCGGGAAGCCUUGCCCAUGAGCGUUUUGAACAGCAUCAAGGAGAAGGUCAGUUCGAAAUACUCCAAAUACGACCCUGAACUUCUCAUGGUGGUGAUAAACAAACUGGAAAUCGACAAUCAGGCAUUGAGGGAUGUCGUCAUGCAGCAAAACGAACAGCUCAGGGCUCAUCAGAAGUCCGCUUUGACCAAGGAGCAGACGACCAAUCUGCUUCAGGAACUUCGAGGUUUGGAGGAGAGGUUCGAAGAGGCGCAGGUGGCCAAGGGUUUCUUCAAGACGCAGUGGAAGAAGGCCUUCGAGGAGGUGCACGAGCUUAGGACCAAGGAUUACAAGCACCUCCAGGCGGAGCUGAAACAGAGCAGGGAGGAGCUGAGCAAUCUGAGCCUCGAUUCGUACGUGAACGAAACGAACGAUCAUAGUAUGAUUUACGAUGGUUUCAGGAGCAGUAGGGUUAAUGACUUAUCGUACAGUGGUUUUUGAAUGGUGGAUAUUUUACAGAAGUUUAGAGAAAUAUAUUCGAUAUUGAAUU